AUGCAUCUCUUUAUCCUCGGGGCAACAGGGCGAACGGGUCUGUACGGAUAUAAAUAUGCUUUGGAACAAGGGUUCACGGUGACCAUUCUCGUCCGCAAAGCCGACGGCAUCGAGCCCCAAGAGGGACUCACCGUCGUUGAGGGUUCCCCUCUGUCAGGAGAGGACAUGGCACGCGCAUUCAAAGAAUCCGGCACCCCAGUAGACGCAAUUCUCGUCUUCCUCAACGCGCCACGCGCAGGCCAAAAUCCCUGGGGAAAGUUUCUUGGUCCACCGCGUCUAAUCGCAGACUCGACUAGGAAUGCUGCUCGGGCCCUCAUACACGCGCAGCAGAACAGCCUCGCAGCAAGUGGCGGCAGCAAACCUCGCUUGGUUGUCAUGAAUGCUCUAGGCGUUGGCGAGAGUUAUGCUGUUACGCCGUAUAUUGUUCGGUUUAUGAUUGCCUUUAGUAAUGUUUCCGAGUCUUAUAAGGAUCAUAAUGCCGUUAAUGAUGAGAUUGAGGAGGUUUGUGGAGAGGAUGUUGUUUGGACGCUUCCUUUGCCGGUCGGGUUGAAGGGUGGAGGGUUAUGCCCGGUCAAGACGUUUGGAAGUACGGAGUCUGGGGCAAGUUUGUUUAUUACGCGUGAGAGUUGUGCGAGGUGGAUGGUUGAUGUGGCGGCUGGGAGGGAGGGGGAUCAGUUUGAUAAUAAGAGGGUUAUUGUGUCGAAUUAG